CAGCCUCAGGCAGGCUGCCGUCGCCUACAUCAAGGACCACUUGGUCACUGUGAUGGCCACGCAGGGCUGGGCAGAUGCAAUUCGUAGCCAGCCUGAAGCUGGUAUCUGAUCCACCAGUGGAAGCCAGGUUGAGGCAAACUGUCAUUGAGCCUGGUAAAGCGUUACUAGAAGAAACAUGCCUACAAGAAGUGACUGCAGAGAAAUCGGCACAUUUCGUAGGAAAUGGUGUUCAAACACAAGUAUUUUGUACCCAGGAGAGCACAUCAUACACUAUAAAUAACACCAACUUAAAGGAAAAGGUGUUUCAAGCCUUUGGCUGCAGUUCAAGCAAGCAGAAUUUUUCAUCGGACAAGAAGCUUAACAUCGAUGGUGUUCAGUCAACUGCACGUAACUGUACAUCGUCUGAUGAAGUAUCUCUCAGUCAUAGCAGCUUCACCACACAUUCUGUCACGAUGCCAGAGAUUGAAUCGUCCACAAUGGAAGCAGUGCAGGAGGUCAGCUUGGGCGCCCUGCUGGACCCUGGGGACGGCGCCGUGGUGGCUCUGGUGGCCGGCGACACGCGGCUGGUGGCGCACAGGGCCGUCCUGUCCGCCAGGAGCCCCGCGAUUGCCGCCAUGUUCCGCCACGGCACGCCGGAGGCCAGCAGCGGCCAGCUCACAGUCCCUGACGUGGAGGGCCCGGUACUGCAAGAGCUGCUGGGCUACCUCUACACCCUGCAGGCGCCCCAGCUGCCCGGCAUGGCCCACCAGCUGCUGGCCGCCGCUGACAGAUACGGAGUGUCCGUCCUGAAGGCAGAGUGUGAGCAGCAGGUGGCCGCACAGCUGUCCGUCGAGACUUCGGCUGCCACCGCUGUCCUCGCGAUUAGGCACUCUGCUGACAGCCUGAAGCAGGCCGCCGUCGCCUACAUUAAGGCCCACUUGGUAAGUGUGAUGGCCACGCAGGCCUGGGCAGAUGCAAUGCAUAGCCGCCUGAAGAUUUGA